GGUUUAAAAUUGGACCUAAAACCCAAUUGUUGGUUUCAACUUUCAACAGGUGGUAAAAGCAGGAAGAGAGCGCAUCACUAUAGUUUAGAGUUCCAAAAGCAAAGCUAUAAACCUCUUCCUGCUAAUAGCAAUUUCCAGGUCUCUGCACUGCACUCCUCUCUGAUUAACCGAAUCCUUAUUUGUUCCAUUUACCGCCAUGGAUAUUGAAGAAGACAUCAAGGCAUUGCAGCUUGAAUCAUCUGCAGAAGAUAGUGUGAUGACUAAUGCUGAAGACGGGAAACCUGAUGAAGCCCUAAAACCUGGAAAAAUUGAUGGAGCAGACGAUAGUGUGAUGUCAGAAGAAUGCAAGCCAGAUGAUGUUGAAAAACCUGAUAAUAUGGAAGAUGGCCUGAAAGAGGAAGCAAAUGCAAACUUAAAGCCAACACAAGUUGAUGAUGAGAUUGAAGUCGAGAGAAAGAGACAUCUGAAUGUUGUAUUUGGUCAUGUUGAUGCUGGAAAGUCCACGUGUGGAGGACAAAUACUAUUCCUUAGUGGUCAAGUUGACGAUCGGACAAUCCAGAAGUAUGAGAAGGAAGCAAAAGAUACGAGUAGAGGGAGUUGGUAUAUGGCCUAUAUCAUGGAUACAAAUGAAGAGGAGCGAGUGAAGGGAAAAACAGUUGAAGUUGGCAGGGCGCAUUUUGAAACAGAGACAACAAGAUUUACAAUUUUGGAUGCCCCUGGUCACAAGAGUUAUGUCCCAAACAUGAUCAGUGGGGCAUCUCAAGCCGAUAUAGGUGUAUUGGUUAUAUCGGCUAGAAAGGGUGAAUUUGAAACUGGAUAUGAAAGAGGUGGACAAACACGUGAACAUGUUCAGCUUGCAAAGACACUAGGAGUUUCUAAGCUCCUUGUUGUUGUAAAUAAGAUGGAUGAUCCUACUGUCAACUGGGCUAAAGAGAGGUAUGACGAGAUCGAGUCGAAAAUGAUACCAUUCUUGAAAUCAUCUGGAUACAAUGUGAAGAAAGAUGUUCAGUUCCUCCCAAUCUCUGGUCUCCUUGGGUCAAAUAUGAAAAAUCGGGUGGAGAAAAGUGUAUGCUCCUGGUGGAAUGGUCCAUGCCUUUUUGAAGCUCUUGAUGCGGUAGAAGUCCCUCCCCGAGAUCCUAAAGGUCCACUAAGAGUACCUAUUAUUGACAAAUUUAAAGAUAUGGGAACUGUUGUUAUGGGUAAAAUAGAAUCUGGGAGCAUACGUGAAGGUGAUAAUUUGUUGGUGAUGCCAAAUAAGGCCGCUGUGAAAGUCCUUGCCAUAUUCUGUGAUGAAGAUAGAGUUAGGGGUGCAGGUCCUGGGGAAAAUGUACGAGUUAGGUUGUCUGGAAUCGAGGAAGAGGACAUUAUGUCGGGUUUUGUCUUGUGCAGUGUUGCACAGCCCAUACCUGCAGUUACUGAGUUUGUUGCACAGUUGCAGAUCCUGGAGCUGUUGGACAAUGCUAUUUUUACUGCUGGCUACAAGGCUGUGUUGCAUAUUCAUGCUGCUGUUGAAGAAUGUGAGAUUGUGGAACUGAUUCAGCAGAUUGAUCUCAAGACAAAGAAACCCAUGAAGAAGAAACCUUUGUUUGUGAAAAAUGGUGCCAUCAUCUUAUGUUGUGUUCAGGUGAAUAAUCUGAUUUGUAUUGAAAAGUUCUCUGAUUUUCCACAACUUGGACGAUUCACUCUUCGCACUGAAGGGAAAACUGUUGCUGUGGGGAAAGUUACUGCCCUCCCUACUGUUGCUGAUAAUGCUUAAACAACUUGAAAACUGAAGAGGUGGAGAGGAAUGGUCAGUGAGCUUAGAUGUUCAUUGCACACCCAGGGCAGCAGCAGGCAAACAAUUUUGGUCCUUUGCAGUAUUACCUGGGAGCUAAGUUGAUUCGUAUGCUGAGACACAUGCAAAUAUUCACCAGUUUAGCGUCUCCCUAGUUUGCUAUUGGUUCUGCUAUCCGUUAUAGCUUAUACUACCAUCACAUGAUGGAUUUGUUGUUUGUAGUGUGUAUGCAGUAUAAAUUUAUCUGAUUUUGGUAGAAAAUAGAUAUAUUUUACAUGGCGGUCUUUGUUUUAUAGCCAAUGCAUAGCUGUUAAUCCUUUUGGAACU